UUUCCAGAGACAGAACAUUGACUGAAAAAGAGAAAAUCAAAGCCUGAAAAUUCAACCGAAAUUAAUUAAGGGUUUUGUUUUUUCUCUCCCCAAUUAUAUCCUCCAAAAAAACAACCUUUAUUGAAGCCAAAAUCAUAGCUUUUUGAUCUGGAUUCUAGGGCUUGUUUAUUUGGAGGUUUAAUUUAAUUUACAAAUGGUAACUGCUGGGGAAAAGGACAUUGAAAAUCAAGGUUUUAUAAUGGAGGAAGAAAAUGGAUCAAGUUGUCAAACAAGUCCACAAGAUAAAAGAGAAUUGGUUUAUGAAUUAAUGGGUAUAAUUCAAACUGUAAGUUCUUAUGCUGAGUAUAGGAGGACACAAAGAAAAGAAAGUCGUAAUCUUGUUCGAAGGAUGAAGCUUUUAUUACCUCUUUUGGAAGAAAUUAGAGAUUUUGAAGAUCAAAUUCCUGAAUCGGGUAUUGAAUGUUUGGUAAAGAUGAAGAAGGCAUUUCAUUCUGCUAAGAAAUUGUUAAAAUCUUGUCAUGGCGGUAGCAAACUUUACCUGGCUUUGGAAAGCGAGGCUGUAAUGCGGAGAUUUCAUUCUGUGUAUGAAAAAUUAAGUCAUGCUUUGGAUGGUAUGCCUUAUGAAGAACUUGGAAUUUCAGAUGAAGAGAAGGAACAGGUGGAGUUGAUGCUCGUUCAAUUCAAACGAGCUAGGAAACGAAUCGAUACUCAAGAUAUGGAACUUGCAAUGGAUCUAAUGGUAUCAUUAUCCACAGAGAAUGACAGAAAUGCAGAUAGUGCUAGCAUAGAGAGGCUCGCGAACAAGCUGGAAUUGCAUACUGUUGAGGACCUAAUGGCUGAAACAAUAUCAAUAAGAAAAGUGAUUAAAGAAAGACGAGCACAGAAUGCUGAGAGCACCCAACAAAUCAUAGAUCUUUUAAACAAAUUGAAAAGGUUAGCAGGGAUGGAAGAAACUGGUAUUUUUGACGAACCUGUUAUUCCCAAAGCUCUUGAGAAAUCCACUUCUUUGGCGAUCCCCAAUGAAUUCCUCUGUCCGAUCACGUUACAGAUUAUGACAGACCCGGUUAUUGUUUCAACUGGACAGACGUAUGAAAGAGAGAGCAUACAGCAUUGGUUGGAUACUAAUCAUCGUACAUGUCCGAAAACGGGGGAAACUUUGACACACUUGUCAUUGGCUCCAAACUUUGCUCUAAAGAAUUUAAUAGAGGAAUGGUGUUUGAAGAACAACUUUCAACUUCCAACAAAGCAGGCUUCUACAAACCCCGAAAGUCCUUCUGCUGGAAGUGAUGAAAAACUAUUGUCGUUGAUUGAAGACUUAUCCUCGUGCCAUUUAGAAGUGCAGCGAAAGGCUGUGACAAAGAUUCGGAUGCUUUCAAAAGAAAAUCCGGAGAAAAGAACUUUCAUUGCUAAUAGCAGAGGAAUUCCACCAAUCGUGCAUCUACUGUCCUAUCCUGAUUCCAAAAUCCAGGAGCAUGCUGUGACCGCUCUUUUAAACUUGUCAAUCGACGAAUCAAACAAGAAACUUAUAUCCAAAGAAGACGCCAUUCCAGCAAUAAUUGAGGUGUUGCAAAAUGGAAGCGUUGGUGCUAAAGAGAACUCUGCAGCAGCAUUGUUUAGUUUAUCAAUGCUUGAUGAAAAUAAAGUAGCUAUAGGUUCGUUAAAUGGUAUCCCGCCAUUGAUUGAUCUAUUGAAAAAUGGGACAAUUAGAGGGAAGAAGGAUGCUAUAACUGCACUCUUCAAUCUAUGUUUCAACCACACAAACAAAAGUAUAGCGAUCCAAGCCGGGAUUGUAGCACCAUUACUUCAACUACUAGAGGAAAAGCAUUUAGACAUGGUUGAUGAGACUCUAUCCAUAUUGUUAGUUCUCGCGACACAUCCAGAAGGUAGACAGGAAAUUGGAAAGCUUUCGUUCAUCGAAACUCUUGUAAAUUUGAUUAGAGAUGGUACUCCAAAGAACAAAGAAUGUUCAGCAGCUGUGCUUCUUGAGUUAAGUACACACAAUUCAAAUCUUAUGCUUGCUGCUCUACAAUAUGGAGUGUAUGAGCAUUUAGUAGAGAUAGGGAAAGAGGGAACUGACCGUGGACAAAGGAAAGCAAAAUCAAUACUACAGCUUAUGACUAAAACUGAGCAGAUUCCAUACUGACAUUGCAAAGUCAAAAAAUGUAUAUCCUUGUAAAAUUUCAAUCUUUUUGUUUUCCUCUUUUUUAUUUCUUGUGAGUCAAACAGUCGAGAUUGUGUAUAUAGUACAGUCGUGGAGCCAGGAUUUUUGACAAGGGGAUUCAAAAAUAUCCGAAAAUGCCACACUUGGUUUUCAACCUGUAUUCUCUUGUAUAUUUUGUUUAUGUAUAAAAAUGUUUUUGCUUAUG